CUCAACAAGCGACAGCAACAGAAGGAGUUUUACACACUACUGGACUAGACUGGAUUACAAACCUUAACAACAACACCGUUCUGGUGCCAUUCUAUCUGCUUUGACGCACACUGACGCACUAAAUAUUGUUGUCAAUGUAACUUAGUCAGUUUAAAAGUAUCAAUUAAUUUCUCUUUAUAUUUUUUAUCGCGUUUCACGUCGUCAUCAUUUAUUUCGCUAAUCAUAUGUGACAUUUUACGAUACAUACAGUAUUGCUGGUACCAUGGCUGAAGCAGCCCAGAACCAGAUGGUUGAGAUCGACCCGGACUUCGAGCCGCUAUCCAGACCCCGCUCGUGCACUUGGCCGUUGCCGCGACCGGAGUUCCCCAACCCAGCAGCCGCCGACUCCAACACAUCGUCCCCGGCUCCGUCCGUCAAGCAGGAGCCCUCCAGCAACACGGACUUUAUCAACAACCUCAGUUUGUUGGAAGAGAAUGAGGACUAUCCCGAUCAGAAACCGCUCAUGUGCGGAGAUUUCCAGUGCCAAGAGGGCUGUAUCCACCAGCAGCAGCAGCAGCAGAUCCCGAGUCACCAGCAACAGGUGCCCGUGCUCUCCUCUCCAGUGGCCGCUGCCGCCGCCGCCGCCGCCGCCGCGCAGCGCAAGAGCAGUUCGUCCCGACGCAACGCCUGGGGGAAUAUGUCGUACGCGGAUCUGAUCACCAAAGCCAUCGAGAGCUCCCCCGAAAAGCGGCUCACUUUGUCUCAGGUCUACGACUGGAUGGUGAAAAGCGUCCCUUAUUUUAAGGACAAGGGGGACAGUAACAGCUCUGCUGGUUGGAAGAACUCGAUCAGACACAACCUGUCCCUGCACAGUAGGUUUAUCCGUGUUCAGAAUGAGGGCACAGGCAAGAGCUCUUGGUGGAUGCUCAACCCUGAAGGAGGAAAGAGCGGCAAGUCUCCUCGACGCCGAGCCGCCUCCAUGGACAACAACAGCAAGUUUUCCAAGAGCAGAGGACGAGCAGCAAAGAAAAAGCUGGCUCUUCAGGGUGGGCCUGAGGGGGGUGCAGACAGCCCUGGCUCUCAUUAUGGCAAGUGGCCUGGCAGUCCGAACUCCCACAGCAACGAUGACUUUGACGCAUGGACGGCUUUCCGUCCUCGCACCAGCUCCAAUGCCAGCACUCUGAGUGGGCGUCUCUCGCCCUUCAUUGAUGAUGAACUUGGCGACUCUGAUGUCCACAUGGUCUACCCAGGCCCUGGUUCAGGGUCCAAAAUGACCUCCACCCUCCCUAGCCUGUCCGAAAUGGCUGGUUCUCUGGGCCACAAUGGCUCUAAGAAUGUCAUGGAGAACCUUCUGGAUAACCUCAACUUACUCUCACCUAAGAACCCAUCGGUGGGGUCGGCAGGAGGGCCUGGGUCAGGAUCCAAGCAGUCCUCGCCCUCCUCACUCAUGCAGGCCAGCCCUGGUUACUCCCCCUACAGCUCCCCAGGUUUAGCCACGGUCAACCAGCAAACCCAACAAGACUAUCGUAAGUGUCUCUAUGGCCAGGGAGGAAUGAGCAGCAUGUCCUCCAUGCCAAUGCAGCCUCUGCCAGAAACCAAGCCUGGCUUUGGGCCGGGUCCAGUAUCCAUGAGCCAAUUUAACUGCACGGCAGGGCUUUUGAAGGAGCUUCUGACAUCUGACGGGGAUCCUGGAGAGCUCAUGCCCUCUGUGGAAACAGUUGUCUCCCAGUCAAGUGGAGGUGGUGGAUGUAUGCUGCCCCCUUACAGCAGUGCACAGAAUGAACUUAUGGGAGGUGGGGUAUCUCACACCCAUGCCCUCUCCCAUUCGCACAUGCAUGGACAAGCCCCACACACAUCACUGGCAAUGAACGGGCGAACGCUGCAUCACUUGACUAGCAUUGGCCACAGCGGCGCUGCAGGACGCCUGGGAAGCAUCAAAUCAGCCAUGCAGAUGCAGUAUAGAGGCUCUGCCCAUCUUGGGGGUGGGCUCCCACCUUACUGCAGCAUCAACAGCAAUGGAUACGGCCGCAGCCCAGGGCUGAUGCACCAUCAGCAACAGCAAUACCUGGAGAAGCUGCCCAGUGAUCUCGAUGGGAUGCCCGUGGAGCGUUUCGAAUGCGAUGUGGAGUCCAUCUUGCACGACACGCUCAUGGAUGGAGAGUCGCUGGACUUCAACUUUGACCACAUGAACACUCAACAGAGUUUCACACCUCACAGUGUAAAGACCACCACACACAGCUGGGUGUCUGGGUAAAAUCUCUCCAUCUCCAAAGAACAGCAACACUGAGUGGCUAUAUACACCCAUCCUAACCUCUCAUGAACACCUUGUCAAGGACACAGCCUCCAUUAUUACUUCUUCUUUAGCAGAGGUGGUGCGAUACGACCUCACACUGCCGAGCAAAUGGGCUCAAUAUGGAGCUAAUUUUCAAGGACACUUUUCCUCAGACAUUGGGACUUAAAUUCAAACCAAGUGCCAAACCAGGUGCCUGUGAGCCAUAGCCAAAUUGACAAGCUUUAUUUAGUUGCCUUUUUCUCACUGUAGAGAACCAAUGGUCAAAUCAGGACAACUACAACCUGAGGCCCUUACAUCUGCUGCAACACACACACAUAAACCAUAGUCCACACAAAUUUCUGUAAUGUUUUUACAGCCACAUCCAAUAUGGGCAAACUGUGAUAAAUUAGAACCACCAAAUCCAACACCAGGCACCACAAAAGCACAUAUGAUACACCUUGAAACAGUGAUAUGCAUGGUAAUAGCUCUCUUUCAAAUGUCGUGUUGUCAUUUCAAUGUGCUACCCUGCAAUUUAUAUUGAGGGUUAUAAUGCAUUCAUGCUGUGCUUCAUGGAGACUCCAUGACUGGCUUAAUCGGGAAGAUCUGGAACAGUUGUAGACGAAAGCGGGGAACGACUGUAAAUAGAUUUAUUUAGAAAAGGUCUUGCACAAACAGGACCUCGAAAAAGUUAGGGAAAUUUUCGCAGACUAGUUGAACUACGUCGCACACAGCACAUCGUAACACUUUUAUUUCUGUCACGUCAGUGUAUUUGACAUCGAGCAGAUGUACUACAUUUAUAAAGAGUGUGUUACUAUUAAUUGGUGUACAUAGAGUUUACACAAUGAAAUCAACAAUCAGGGCAACAAAUUUAAUGUUGUUUUGUACAUUUGAAAGAAACUGGAUUUGACAUUUUACAUAUUGGUGGUCUUACAUGAAAGGGUGUUUCUCAUCUGAAUUGUAUACAUCUUUCCACGUCUUUUGUAAAUACAUGAAAUAUAUAUUUCAAAGGCAUAUAAAGUAGAAAGGUUUUGUUUUGUAUUAUCAGAAUUAUCGUUAUUGCUGUUUAUUCCUGGCCUCAGUUUGACAAUAAGCUGUGUAUAAUGCAUUUCAGCAGAGGGCCCUCAUGGGACAAAAUAUUUCACUAGUUCAUAUUUACUUUGAAAAUGUGCAUUGUGAGUAGAUUUCAAACCUUGAAAUUUUGAAAAAUUGUUGGAUUUGCUUUUAAAGGGAUAGUUCACCAAAAAAUUAUAAUUCUGUCACCAUGUACUCUCCUCUAUGUUGUUCCAAACCUCUAUUACUUUAGUUCUGUUGAACUCAAAAAUAGAUAAUAGGCAAAACGUUGGCCUCAAUAACAGUCACUUUCAUUGUAUGUAAAAAAAAAAAAAAAACGUGCAAUGAAAGUGAAUGUUUGGCAGAAUAGGAGUCUAAGUCACCAGUAUUCCAUGGAAAAAAGAAAGUCAUACGCUUUUGUAAAAACAUGAGGGUGAGUAAAUGAUAACAGAAUUUUUAUUUGGGUGAACUAUCCCUUUAAGUAUUGCUCACAGGGUCCCUAAUGCCUCAGAGCAUUGUGGCAGUGGCUGAUAUUGUAGUUUAGUACUACAGCGCAAGGAGACUCUCCUAUGCAUUCGCCACAAUAUAGAAUCUGUUCCUGUAGUUAUUCUACAGUCCUCUGCCUUUAAGAAAGUGUAGAGUGUUUUUGACUUAUCGUUAUUUAUUAGGCUGAAGAAGUGAUGUGAUUGAAUCAUAUCACAGUGUAUCAUUUACACUUUUAUCAUAUUUGUAUUUUAUUUCUCUUCUCUUGCAAAUUUCAGGCACUGUGAUGUAUACGUACUAGUUAUAUGAUAUUUUUUUCUCUUUCUUGACCUUUUUUUAUUUGCUCAUGGAUAUCAACAGAUUUGGUUAUUUUGCACCUAUAUGCAGACAUUUAAACGUUGCAAACUGGCAAGUGAAAAUUGAAUCAGGGUGCAAGUAUCAUUGAUAAUUCAUGGAAGAAUUUAAAUGAUUCAAAAUGAUUUCUUGAGUAGUGUUAUAAAACAGACGUUGAAGACAUUUUUUUAAGCUUUGUAGAUUUAAACGUGAGGUGCUGACUAUUUUUAUGAUGAUUAAUUUUAAAAAGAGAAGUUAUGCUAUAGUGCUAUUAGUGCUAUAAUUUGGGGACACUAAUAAUGUGUCCUAACUAGGCGUAUCAUGAUAAAACCUCACUUCCUUGUAAAUCUGAGUUUUUUUUCUACUUUGCCACGGUGAGCAUUUUGUCAGUUGUUUGGUUUCUAUUCCUGUGGCGUUGUGUUCGGUAGCCCCGCCCACAGUCAAAUCUCAUUGGUCCAAAAACAGUCUAGUUUUGGAUGUAAAAAUCCCAUUCAUUUUCUCCAUAGAAAAAAAUAUUUAAAAAACUAAACUUUUAAAGAUAAACCUACAGUGAGCUUCGAGGUUGUUAAUCGAUGUAUAUGAUUCUUAUUUUCUGUCCCGCCUGGUUAGGACAUGGUGUUAGUCAGUCUUAGAAAGAAUGACAGACAUCUGUUAAAUUCACAUACAACAAACAUCUCACGUCAUUAAAUUAAUAUCAGUUAUACCUCUGGUCCACACUGCCUCAAUCAACAUGGGCAAAGGGUGAAGGCCAUAUGUUUUAAAAAAAUGACUGCGUCCACAUUGAAUAUCCAUAAUGCACAAAACCUGACAUGCGUUUGCUUUGUGAAUUUAGCAGGUGGCCCCACCUAUGCAGAUAUGUGUACUUAGAUGAUAAUUAUUUUACAGAUUUUUAGAUAUUUGAUAUUUCAUGUUUUAUAGAGCUUUGGAGUUGAGUUAAUGUUGCUUGCUAGUUCAUAGUUCUGAUGAAUAUUAUGUAUAUUUAGAGAGUCAAAGAUAAUUUACAUGCAAAACUUUUUGUACACUGACUGUUAUCUUUGUAUUUAGCAGCAGUUUGUAGAAAAACUAAAAAAAAAUAUAUGUAUAAUUGAAAACAAAUUGGGAAGAAAAUGUUAUCUUCUUUUCUUCAGAUUGUGGAGUUUGGACCAAUUUUUUAUUUUUUGAAAAACGAAAAACCAUAAAUUAAGAUAUUGCACUUUUUCCAUAAAUGUAAAGAUUUCUCUUAAAGGGAGAAGACAGAAUUGAAGAUGAUCUAUUUUGAAACAAACUGUUACAUUUAUGCACAAAAAUUAUUUGAUUCACAAUCAAAAGAUUAUAUAACUAGUAGUGCAAUUUGUUUAUGUAGUUUAGAAAGAAUAUCUAUAAGAGAGAAACUAUAUUGUUUGAAGACACUGUUAUGCUGACAUGCCAAUACUGAUGUAUACAGUAUAUAUAUAAUAUGUUCAUUAUUUUAGUUUGUCAGCUGUAAGCAAACAGUUUGUGAAUUGUGAGGCCAUAGGUCUCUGGUUUUGUUCUUGAUGCCUGUUGUGCUUGUAUUCCCACACAAGAAACAUGUUGUCACUGUAAAAAGCCAUGUGUAUAUAAAUGAUGUUAUAUAAAGAUGAA